AUGGCGAACGUCAAGAUGAGAGCCGAGAAGAAGAUGAGGCAGUUCCUCAUGAAGCAGAUCCGCGCGCGCAAGGAGGUGGGUGCGCGGGUCGCCAAGGGCCCCAAAACCGCGGCCGAGCUCCGGCUGUUGGGCUUGGCCCCACAGGUGUUCAUGUUUAAAAACUUGUUUUCUGGCCAGGUCUUGUACUCACAAGUACCCGGUUAUCACCAGAAUCAGAUCGACAAGCAGUUUGUGCGGCCCAACUGGGAGAACAGGAAGCCCAGCCGCAGAAACGAUCUCUGGCGCGUGAUGUGCGUGGUCAACUUCGCCUCCUACGACUAUGCAGUGGCCGCAUACCACGGGCUCGUGGAGUUGCGGCGGCUCCGCGACACGCAGUUGGUGAAAGAAGCGAAGUUCAUGCGCAAAAAGAACGCUGACGGCAACACAUGGUUUUCCGGCCAGUACCGGCCGGCGUACACGCAGGAGGCUGUGGCCGACUUGGCCCACGUGAUCGAGGAGUUUUCGUUGGAGGACACCACGGCGUUAUGGGAGUCGCUUUGGAGAAAGGGCGACGACAAGCACUGGGACCCCACGUUAAUCACGCAUGACACCUUGCCUGCGUUCAACGCCAAACACCAAAGCGUGAUGUUGGACGAGAUUCGGGAGAUGGCGUUGGCAGCGUUUGCUGACGAGCGGGCCGCGGCGACUGCGGGCCCAGAGGCCCCUGUGGAUGUGGCCAUGGCGUAG